CACCUGGCCAUUCGGCCUCGGGUCAGCAGUGAAGGCCGAAGGAGCCACCGAACGAGCUGAUGCUCAGAUGGCGGCUGAAGCUUUGGCUUUUGCUGGCCUGUGCACAUGGGGCCCUCUUUCCGGAAGAGGAAGUGGCGCUGGCACGAGGGAAAACCGCCCUGGUCACUGGCGCUGCUGGCUUCAUCGGGAGCCAUGUGGCAAGGCAUUGCUCCGACCUUGGGAUGCGGGUCCUGGCGCUGGAUGACUUGAGCGGUGGUUUCCGGGCCAACGUGCCGGAGGGAGUGACCUUCAUUCAAGGAGACAUCCGGGACGCUCAGUUGUUGGAACGGAUCUUCAAUGAGCACGAGGUGCAUUAUGUGUACCACCUCGCAGCCUAUGCAGCUGAAGGCCUUUCGCAUUUCAUUCGUUCCUACAACUACCGGACCAACCUGGUGGGCUCUGUAGAGAUUUUGAACCAAGCCAUCAAGCACCGCGUCCACUGCUUCGUCUUCACCUCGUCCAUUGCAGUCUAUGGCAGCAUUAAUGAUCUGUCACAGAUGCAGAACCCUAAUCGCUCGCUGAGCACCAGUGGCCACAAGGCUCUUCAUCAUCAACAAGGCCUGAAGGAGGAGGACCGACCGACGCCCGAAGACCCCUACGGCAUCGCGAAGUUCGCCUUCGAGUUGGACCUCCAAGCGGCCAAGGAGCUCUUUGGCAUUGACUUUGUGAUCUUCCGGCCGCACAAUGUCUACGGCCCUCAUCAGAACAUGUUCGACAAGUACCGCAACGUCGUGGGGAUCUUCAUCAACCAGAUCUUCCAUGGACAACCCUUGACGAUCUUCGGGAGCGGUGAGCAGUUGCGCGCCUUCAGUUACAUCGACGACGUGGCGCCCAUCUUGGCGCGGGGACCGCUGCAGCACCGCGCGCGCAACGAGAUCUUCAACGUGGGUGCGGAUGUGGCCUACAGCGUCAACGAGUUGGCGCACGCCGUGAGCGAGGCCGCGGGCGCCCCGGGACAUCCUCGGAGCAUCCAACCGGCGAGGUUGGAGGUGGAAGUGGCUGUGUCCAAUCACGACAAGGUCAAAGAAUACUUUGGCGUGACGUCCACCGUGGGUCUGAAGGAAGGACUGGAAAGGACGGUGAGGUGGUACCGACAGCAGGGCUACCUCUUUCGACCGGUGGAGUUUCAGUCCGUAGAGGUGAUGGAGCGCUUGCCACCGGCAUGGCAGCGGGAGGACCUCGAGGAGCGUGCUGUCUGUCACGGCAGUCGUGUGUCGAGAGCGUCGAGUCACGACGGCGAGCUCUGAGAGAAAAGACGCGCGGAGCAUGUCACGACGAGUGGUGGAAGGGGUGGUGGCUCCGGACUCUGUUGGGC